AUGGCAGGAGGGAACCAGACCAGCAUCUUUGAGUUCCUCCUCUGGGGAUUCUCAGAGCAACCAGAGAAGCAGCGAAUCCUCUUGGUGUUCCUGUGGAUGUACGUGGUCACUGUGGCUGGAAACCUGCUCAUUGUCCUGGCCAUUGGCACUGAUGCACGUCUCCACAUGCCCAUGUACUUCUUCCUUGCCAGUUUGUCCUGUGCAGACAUCCUUUUCACCUCCACCACCGUGCCCAAGGCCUUGGUGAACAUCCAGACUCAGAGCAGGUCCAUUUCCUACACAGGAUGCCUGGUUCAGCUCUACUUCUUCUUGACUUUUGGGGACAUGGACAUCUUUCUCCUGGCCACAAUGGCCUAUGACCGCUAUGUGGCCAUCUGCUACCCGCUCCACUACAAGAUGGUUAUGAGCCGCCGGCGCUGCACCCUCCUGGUUACUGCCUGCUGGGUCCUUACGAGUCUUGUUGCCAUGACUCACACUUUCCUCAUCUUUCGACUUUCUUUUUGCUCUAAGAAGAUCAUUCCUGACUUCUUCUGUGAUCUGGGACCCCUGAUGAAGGUGUCUUGCUCUGACACUCAGGUCAAUGAGCUUGUGCUCCUCUUCUUGGGGGGAGCAGUCAUUUUAAUCCCCUUUAUGCUCAUCCUGGUCUCUUAUAUCCACAUUGUUUCAGCCAUCCUCAGAGUCCCCUCUGCCCAGGGAUGGUGCAGGGCCUUCUCUACCUGUGGGUCACACCUUGCUGUUGUUGCCCUGUUCUUUGGGACAGUGAUCAGGGCUUAUCUGUGCCCCUCAUCCUCUUCCUCCAAUUCCAUAGAAGAGGAUACAGCAGCUGCUAUCAUGUACACAGUGGUAACUCCCCUGCUGAACCCCUUCAUUUACAGCCUGCGGAACAAGGACAUGAAGUGUGCCCUGGUGAGAUUUCUCAGGGGCAAAGUCUUCUUUUCAUGGGGCCAGUGA